AUGGCUUUUGAAUCCGAAAAAAGAACUGAGUCCCGGUCUUCUGACCCCGAGAGAAUUAUCGAUUCCAAGGAUCCCCUUGCUGCAGCUGGAUUUGAGGAUCCCGACGCUGGAUUAAGUGACGAGGAAAGGGCGGCAAUCGAUCGUAAGCUACUAUGGCAACUUGAUAUCCGCCUUGUACCAUGGCUCAGUCUACUUUAUCUCGUUUCGUUCCUUGAUCGGACAAAUAUCGGCAACGCGAAACUUGUUGGUCUACAAACAGACCUUAAUAUGACGAGUGCCCAAUAUAAUGCAACACUGACUAUAUUUUUCGUCUCGUACUCCGUCUUCGAGCCCGCGACUAAUGUCCUACUCAAGCGAUUGCGGCCGAGUAUAUUUAUCCCACUCAUUAUGAUGGCAUGGGGAAUUUGUAUGACUUGCAUGGGCUUCGUAAAGAACUACCACGGGCUAAUGGCAGUCCGCUGGUUCCUAGGCCUAUCGGAAGCCGGUCUAUUCCCCGGAGUGGGCUAUUUCCUCUCAUGCUGGUAUAAGCGAUCAGAAUUUGGUGUGCGAAUGGCAAUUUUCUUCUCUGCGGCUGCGCUUGCAGGUUCCUUUGGUGGCCUGCUAGCAGCAGCGAUUGCAAAGAUGGACGGCGUGGCCGGUAAACCGGGCUGGUCGUGGAUUUUCAUUUUAGAAGGCCUUCUUACGUUUGUCAUUGGUAUUGCCUCAUUUUGGUGUGUCUAUGAUUUCCCCGAUCAGGCGCGGUUCUUGUCGGACAUCGAUCGGAAACGCGUGCUUAGGAGACUCGCUAUGGAUCAGCAGUCGAGUGCUGAACAUGAGGAGUUCAAGAUGGAGUACUUCUGGUCAAGUCUGAAGGAUUGGAAGACUUAUACUGGAGCUGUGAUUUAUAUGGGGGCUGAUGGGUCACUUUAUGCGUUUUCGCUCUUCGUGCCUACUAUUAUCAGUGAACUAUUACUAAGUGUACCGCCAUAUGCCGCUGCCGCCGUCUUGACUGUGACGGUUGGCUUCAUUGCAGAUCGUACAAGACAGCGUGGUCUCUGCAAUAUUGCCGUCUCGUUCCUUGGUAUGAUAGGAUUCGCUAUGCUAUUGGGCUGUGAGUCUGCCGGCGCCCGCUACGCAGGCACCUUCCUCGGGGCCAUGGGCAUCUACCCAGCCAUUGCAAACACGAUUUCAUGGACUAGUAACAACACCGAAGGUGUAUACAAACGAGGUGUCUCCCUCGGGUUUAUCAUCGGCUGGGGAAAUCUCAACGGCAUUGUUUCAUCCAACAUCUACCGCGAUGAUGAUAAGCCAAGAUACUAUCCCGGUCACGGAGUAGUACUCGGCUACCUGGUCCUGUUCCUCUUUGGUGGAUCCGUGGUGCAGUACCUCUUGUUGCGGCGUGAAAACGGCAAGCGCAGACGCGGCGAACGUGACCACUGGAUCGAGGGCUUGGACCAGAACCAGAUCGAGCUAUUGGGUGAUAAAAGACCGGACUUCAUUUACACUCUGUGA